ACGUCGGGCUGCUUUUUAGUUUGAACAUUUUUCUUGCUUAUUUUGCCCUCGUAUCAUGGUAAUCAACAAUAUCGAAAUAACCAAAUAUGAAGUGUAUGACAUUCGCUUCCCUACCUCGAUCGAUUUGUGUGGAUCGGAUGCCAUGAAUAAAGAUCCAGAUUAUUCGGCAGCAUACAUCGUUUUCUACACCAACACGCGCUUGGAAGGUCACGGUAUGACAUUCACGCUUGGCCGAGGCAACGAAGUGUGCUGCCAUGCUAUUGAAGCUUUAGCUCCCAAGUUUGUCGGUAAAACACUGGAUCAUCUCGUGCAGAAUAUGUUUGAGACGCUGCGUCUGUGCAUUGGAGACAGCCAACUUCGAUGGAUUGGGCCGGAAAAGGGAGCCAUUCAUUUGGCCACGGCUGCUGUGUUGAACGCGAUUUGGGAUUUAUGGGCAAAGGCAGAGAACAAACCGCUGUGGAAACUCGUGGUGGAUUUGACCCCCGAAGAGUUGGUCCGCUGCAUCGAUUUCCGAUACAUUACCGACGUGAUCACACCAGAAGAAGCCAUUCAGAUGCUGAAGGAAAAGGUCGAUACCAAGGCCGCUCGAGAAGCAGAUAUGAUCUCCCACGGUUAUCCCGCAUACACAACGUCCGCAGGUUGGCUCGGUUACAGCGACGAAAAAAUCUUGCAUGAAUGUGAAAAGGCCCGAGCCGAAGGAUUUACACACUUUAAGCAAAAAGUGGGUCUCGAUAAAGAGGCCGACAUACGGCGGGCUCGACUGAUUCGACAGGCGAUUGGUGAUGACAGUAUUUUGAUGAUGGAUGCUAACCAAAUAUGGGAUGUCAACGAAGCCAUUGCCUGGAUGAAGGAUUUGUUGCCGUUCAAACCAUUGUUCAUCGAGGAACCUACUUCGCCCGAUGAUGUGCUUGGCCAUGCGACGAUCCGCAAAGCGCUUCAUCCACAUACCAAGGUGGCGACGGGCGAGCAUAUUCAAAAUCGGGUGAUUUUCAAACAACUAUUCCAAACUGGUGCAAUUGAUGUGUGUCAAAUCGAUGCAUGUCGCGUCGCCAGCGUGAAUGAGGUGCUGGCGAUCUUACUGAUGGCCAAGAAAUUCAAUGUACCUGUAUGUCCGCACGCUGGCGGGGUCGGCUUGUGUGAGUACGUGCAACACCUUGCAUUGAUCGACUACAUUUGCAUCUCUGGCACCACCGAACACCGUGUUCUUGAAUACGUCGACAGUCUUCACGACCACUUUGUGGAUCCCGCUGUCAUGAAAAAAGGGCGAUAUCAGGUCCCAACCGCGUCAGGUUACAGUAUCCAGAUGAAGCCACAAUCCAUCCAAGAUUACACAUUUCCAACCGGCAAGAUUCAUCGAGAAAAAAACCGUGGCUAAGCAAGAGAAAAUUGUUUGAAUAUAAAAUAACACAUCCAACCGAUCACAGUAAAUGAACGAAUCCCCGUCGCACACAUUAAAUGUUUGAUUCAUUUUUAUGAUACGUAUUUGAAAUAAACUGAUGUAGCAUAUUGCUCGUUCAUACCAGUUUAGAAGAACCGAUAGAUUAUCGUGAGCACGUCCAUUAUUUACCGUCGAAAGACUUGUCAAACUAGGCAAAAGUUGAACAGGAUCCAAAAAGAACAUAUUCAAAUAAAAAUAGGGGCAUUUGAUUGUUUUUUUUUCUCUCUCUCUCU